ACCCCUGGUAUUACUUUGGAAUCAGUCACCAAACUGCUCUCAGCCAGCUCUGCACAGAGCAGGAUUAUCUAUCACAGGGCUGUGAGUGGAGGCCGUGGGGGCUCGUGCUCCACUGACCCACUCUUCCUCCUCUGGCUACUGCUGCCCUUUCCUUGAGAUGGGGUCGCUAUGAAAUACAGGCAUAUUGGGCAGGACACAGCCCAGGAGAGCCUUUCUGACAGCCUGCUGUGCUUUGGGGACACGUAAACCUGGCGAAUUGUCACUGUGUGACCCUGUGCUGAGCCCGACAGAGCGAUGCUGCUUAAUUGGAGCUUUUAAUGUGCCGUGGAGCUGGUGCGUGUUACAAGGAGCCGGGGCCGGAGGAUGCUUAGGACCCAGGGGAAGCGCUGUGGAGCCUGGCUGGCUGGGCUUGGAACAGCUCCUGCCUCCCCGGCCAGGACUUCUCAGGUGUCCUGGUACGCGGAGCUGUGCGAGGCGAGCGGGGCCCUCCUGGCAGCUGCCCCUGCCCCACGUCCGUGCCCAUGCUCUGAACCCCCUGAGCACCCAUGUGCUGGCCCGGGGACCCCUUCACACCAUGAAUGACCAGUACCACCGAGCCGCCCGGGACGGCUACCUGGACCUGCUGAAGGAAGCCACCAAGAAGGACCUGAACUCGCCGGAUGAGGAUGGCAUGACCCCGACCCUAUGGGCCGCCUACCACGGCAACCUGGAUGCCCUGCGCCUCAUUGUCAGCAGAGGGGGAGAUCCAGACAAAUGUGACAUCUGGGGGAACACCCCCCUCCACCUGGCAGCAGCCAACGGCCACCUGAACUGCCUCUCCUUCCUCAUCUCCUUUGGGGCCAACAUCUGGUGCCUGGACAAUGACUACCACACCCCACUGGACAUGGCAGCCAUGAAGGGGCACAUGGAGUGUGUGCGGUACCUGGACUCGAUUGCUGCCAAGCAGAGCAGCCUCAACCCCAAGCUGGUGAGCAAACUGAAGGACAAGGCCUUUCGAGAUGCAGAGAGGAGGAUUAAGGACUGUGUGAAGCUGCAGAAGAAGCACCACGAAAGGAUGGAGAAACGGUACAGAAAGGAGAUGUCAGAUAAUUCGGAUACCAUGAGCUUUUCCAGCUAUUCAAGCAGCACCUUAAGCAAGAAGUUCCAGCACAUGUCUAUGGUGACUUCCCUGCCAUAUUCACAAGCCACCAUCCACGGCACAGCCAAGGGAAAGACGAAAAUACAAAAGAAAUUAGAGAAGAAGAAGCAGGUGGACGGGACAUUCAAGAUCUACGAGGAUGGGAGGAAAAGCGUGCGCUCUCUGUCCGGUCUGCAGCUGGGCAACGACGUCAUGUUUGUGAAGCAGGGCACAUACGCCAGCCCCAAGGAGUGGACUCGCCGCAAUAUCCGAGACAUGUUCCUCACGGAUGAAGACACUGUCUCCCGUGCCAUAAGCGACCCGGGUUUGCACAUGGACUCUGCCCACUCGGAGGUCAGCACCGACUCCGGACACGACUCCUUGUUCAACCGCCCCGGGCUGGGCACCAUGGUGUUCCGGCGCAACUACGUCAGCAGCGGGCUCUUCGGGAUCGGCCGGGAGGACGGGGGCGCGCUGGGGGAGGACAGCGCCGAUGGGAUGGGCGUCAAACUGCGGAGCCGCCUGCAGCGCUCGCCAAGUCUCAACGACAGCAUUGGCAGUGCCAACAGCCUGCAGGAGAGGAACGCGGAGGAGCUGCCCUGGGAUGAGGUGGAGCUGGGCUUAGACGAUGACGACGAACCAGACACCAGCCCCUUGGAAACUUUUCUGGCUUCCCUGCACAUGUUUGAGUUCAUCUCCAUCCUGAAGAAAGAAAAGAUUGACUUGGAGGCCCUCAUGCUGUGCUCAGACAAUGACCUGAAGAGCAUCAAUAUCCCAUUGGGCCCCAGGAAAAAGAUUGUGGAUGCCAUCCAGAGGAGACGACAAACACUGGAGAAGCCAGAUGUCAUUGUAGACACUGAACUAUAGCAGCAGCAUCUUUUUUUUUUUAUGCUCGAGAAACAAACCCAGUUCUAAGUUGCCAGAAAACACAAGCCAGAGACUCCCUUCCUGGGGCAGCUGAAAGCUACAGCCAUCGCCACCAGUCCUACAGGACUGCUCCCUUGCUCUGCUCCCUGUCUGUGUGAUGCUCCUGGGUGGUUCCUGGCACAGAGAUCGGACCAGGCAGCUCCAACCUGCCAACCUUCAAGGGACCACUCACUGGAGGAAGGAGUGAGCUGCACAGCUGGCUGGGACGCUGCUGUCACAGGCUGUGAGACCACACCAAGCCAUGAACGGAAGGAGAUAACAUGAUAUUUUCAAAGGGAUCCAAAAUAAAUAAUUACAAUCCA